AUGUCAACUGUUAAGAUUUGGUGUCUUGAACGUGGAAGUAAUUGCAGUUCAGCUUUUUAUGUUACCGUUAAAAGUAAUAGUAAUAUUUUCGAUCUCAAGAAAGCCAUCUUCAGGGAAAUCAGUGUUUCUUGCAAUAUAAAACCCAAGGACCUUAAUUUAUGGAAAGUCGAUUUUAACCAGAAUAUAUCAGAGAAUGUUCCUUUUGAUCGUAUAUUAAAAGAUGAAAUGGAAAUAAAAAAUGCUACAAGUUUGAUUAGAGAUAUUUUUUAUGGUGUUGAAGGAAACAGUAUUCGAAUUAUUUUUGAAGCACCCGCUGUCGCCAGCGAAUCUUCUGAAACGUAUUCUGAAAUUUUAAACGUGGUUACAAUGAGAGACUAUCGCUAUGAAUUUGCAUAUUAUGACUCAG